AUGGCAGGAGGAGUAGAUGAUGGGUCGACAUACAAUAAAAAAACAGCAUUCGUUUACAUUUUUAACUUGGUUGUUGGUGUAGGUGCUUUAUCAUUACCGUAUGGUUUUUCAAGGGCAGGAUUGGUACUAGGUACAUUAUUUUUAGCUAUUAUUGGUUUCCUAGCGUUUAUAACAACAACUUGGAUUAUAGAAGCAUCAGCUGCAGCAAAUUUUAUAUUAAGAAAUGAAAAAAAAGAAAUUGACGAAAAAUCAUCUUUAAUUAAUGAAUUAAAUAGUGAGCAAGAUGACUGCGAUAAAAAAGAUAGUAAUGACGAAGAUCAUAUAGGUGGUGUGCCAUCAUCAAUAGGAUCUUUUGAAUCAGAGUUUGAAAUUAAAGAAAGAAUAGAAGUAGGUCAAAUGUCAAAAAUUUACUUUGGUCCAAUCGGAUAUAAACUUUUUUAUGCAGCUUUAGUUGUAUAUCUUUUUGGUGACUUAUCCAUUUAUGCUGCAACUGUUCCAAAAUCACUAGCAACUGUUUCAGGUAGCUUUUCAAUUGGGAAACUUCAUUUAACUAGUUCAGAAAACGGUUUACAUGGUACAGCCUAUUAUUUUUUUUUAUUUUUAUUUGCUUGUUUUGCCGCGCCAUUAUCACUCUUUAAUUUUCAAAAAACAAAAUACCUUCAAAUUUUAACACUAUUCACAAGAAACUUUGCAUUCUUUUUAAUGAUUAUUUUAUCUAUUAUUUUUGUUGCAAAAGGAAAUGGUUCAACAAUAAAAGAUGUUAAAAUUUUCGAUAUUUCUAAUUUACCAGUUAUGUUUGGUGUUUCAAUUUAUUCGUUUAUGUGCCAUCAUUCAUUACCAUCUAUUUUAACUCCAAUUAGAAAAAAAAAUAAACUACCAUUAUUAAUGGGUUUAGAUUUUAUUUUAAUUUUUGCUGCAUAUGCUACACUCUGUAUUAGUUCAUUAUUUGCAUUUGGUAAUGUUACAAACCCAACUUGUGAACCAAUGUCUGGAAAUAUUCAUACUUUUAUUCCAUGCCAAAUACAACAAUUAUUUAUUUAUAAUUUUACAUCAUAUAAUAUUAAAUUUUUUGCAGACUUUUUAGCACUUUUCCCAGUAUUUACUUUAUCAACAAAUUAUGUUUUAAUUUCAAUUACUCUUAGAAACAAUUUAAUGUUAUUAAUCACAUGGAAACAAGAUUCAAUGAAUCCUAAAAUAAGAAGUUUAAUUUUCUCAUUAGCAAGUUCAUUAAUUCCUGUCAUUAUUGCUUUCUGUACAAGAGAUGUUGGUCUAUUAGUAAAUAUUACCGGUGCAUACUUUGGUAUCUGUAUUAUGUUUAUAUUCCCUGUAUUCAUUUCUUAUUUCAGUAACAAAAUGCUCGCAGAAAAAUACAAUGUAGUCAACCUUAAAAAAUCUGUUUUCUCAAACAAAGUUUUCUAUAUAUUAAUCUUAUUGAUUAGUUUAUGUUCCUUUGUACUUGCAACCUAUAAUAUAGUAAAAAACUAUGGUCAUUAA